AUGUUUGCGGCGCGCCGUAGCGCAACAGGUUGUGUGCUUGUCUAUGGUCCAAAGGGUCACAAGUUCGGCUCCGCCUAGACAUAACCAAGGUGUUCGAGAAAUUUUUGGAGGAGAAGCACGGCUACCAAAAUCCGCAGCCCGACGCCGCUCAAGUGAUAAAAAGGCGCUGGAAGAAGAAUAAACAUCAAGAUUUGAAAUUUGACUCGAAAAGUCAAGCUUUCGCAAGAAAUGUCAACGCGCCGCGGUCGCGACGCAGUUAUUAUAAACUUAGGCGAUUUUUAAUGGAUCUUAUUUAUUUGCCCUAACCAGUCUUGUGCGGGGCCGGCCCGUCAACCUCUCGGCCCCCCGGCCACUUCCCAAGCCCAGAAAAGUGGUAUUUUGGUUUAUUUUUUUCUCAUACAGUUAUUAGAAACUAUGAUUCAACGAGUAAAAAUAAUUUUUGCGUGAAAUUUUUUUAAAAUGAAAAUUAAGAUUUCUUUCGAAGCCCGGCCUGGCCCGAGCCCAGGCAGGCUUUUUUUAAAUUUUAGGUCCAAAGCCCGGGCCAGGCCGGCCCGGGCCGCCCGGCCUGACGCACAAGCCUGGCCCUAACCAAAUGUUGGUCGAAGUAAACGAUCCCUUUUGGAGUGAAAGCGCUACGUUAAUUAUAAUUAAUAUGUGUUUGGCUGUUUUCCAAGAGGAAAUUACGGGACCGGAUCGAACGAGAAGAUCGCAUCAACGCAUUUUCUUCUGCCGUUCUAUGGGUUCAAAAACAAAAAAAGCUUGAAAAAGACGAAACUCCAACAAAAACCUCUCUCCCCACAUUUUUCUCUCUCCAAACUGAAUGAACAAAAAUGCACCGAAACAUUUUUUUUUUUCAAGGAGAAUGUCCUCUCGCCUUCUCAAAAGUGCUUCCGUCGGUCCACUUGGCAACUUUCCAACACUCGCCUAAUUGGCGACCAUUUCUUUGUCAUUUUUUUCCGGUGCCAUUAAAAACGGCCAGAAAACCACCGGGCUACGACAGCGAAAAGAAUGAAGAAUUUGAAUUGUCGCCAAAAACGAAGAUGGCUAGUUUUUUGGCUUUUAUGAAGCGCAACACUACUCAAAUGUGAUGCAGAAAAAAACAACAUUUCUGAUCUAUUUUUAGAGGUAAGAAGAUAGAUUGGGCUGCUCAAAGAGAUAAUUAUUCAAAAAGAGGAAAUGAAAAGAAAAAUGGCAGACUUUCAAUAUUAGUCCGAAUUUAGAGUGUAAUAAAAUGGAAAAACUUUCAAGCCACCCUUUUUUUGCGACGAUCUCUCAAUACUCAUGACCUUUUUCAAAAAAACAAUUUUUUUAAAAGGAAUUUAUCACUAAAAUACUUUCAGGUCCACGAGCACAAGUUUGUUUCGGUCGGGCGCAUUUUCAAGCGAUUCUCUUCAUUUUGCACGUCUUCCAUGAUCAAACAGAUGGCAUGGAAUAGCAACUUCAUAAUUGAAAAAACAGAAAAAGACGGGAAAAUCUACAUGCCCGAAUCUAGACUGAAAAGAUCUUCUUUGCCACAAAAAACUCAAUUAAAAUUAUACUUGUUUCUUCAAAAGCACUAUGAAGUGUUCAGUUGGAAAAAUCUUUGGACCCUCAUCUUUCUGAACUGAAUCUUCAAAAUAGUUAAGAAAGCUAGAGUGGUCCCUAGAGGGGUUAGGGAAAUAAGGUCUUAUAGGGGAAAAAGUAGUGCUUUCUAGACGUCGGAAAUUUAGGUGGUCUUUCAAUUUUUCAUGACUUGAAAAUUAAAAAGACACUGUGGAUGAAAUUUGAUCGAGUAAACCUUUAAAAAAGUUUUUUUAAAUCAAAAUAACGCUAGUUUAUCGAGUUUUACGCAAUGUAAUGCCUCCUCUCAUGAAGUUACAAUAAAAACAAGAAUAAACGACUGAUGAUCCUUUAGAGUGGCCCCUGUAGGGGAAGGUAAAGUAGUCCCAAGAGUGAGAGCUUGAAGGGCCCCAAGGCUGCCCCUUUAGAGACCACUCUGGCGUUCCUAAGAACUCAUAAUUGAUGAUCUAAUAAGAUCCCCAUCUCUGUAACAUGUGUGCAGCUACAUUACAAUUGUCAAAAAGAAGCUGUGGGCGUCUUGCAGAGAGAUUGAAGGUGGAUCAGAUACUCGUCGCAUAUAAAAGCCUUCCAGCGGCACCUGGUCUCCCGUCGUGACUGUCCUUGGACUUUCCCUUGCCACUUUUGCCAUCGGACCUCUCCUUCCGUUUCAGUCCAAGCUUCGACAAAGUUAAAUAAAAAAGUCUAUUCACAGUCAGCUUUUUUUAUUAUUUUUUUUAAAGAACUUUUAUUUUUUGGACGUAAAGUAACAUAUGUUACUUCACGCUCUCCCAAAACAGAAACCACUGCUUCAACACAUUUUUGCUUUUGAGAUCAUAAGGCUUUAUUCGUGCCAUCAUUUCUUUAUUCUUUUGUUUUCUCAUGUUAUCUUCACUUCACAUGAUAUUUCAGGAUGCGUGUUCUUCUCCUGACGGCCCUCUUCGGCUCGGCUUCUGCCUUCUUGUUCCCAGGCCUCGGCGGAGGCGGCGGUUGCUGGUCAGUCCAGAAUCUCGUUUUCAUUUCUUUAAAUUUUACUAUUUAAGAAAAUAAUGAAAAAAAGUUGAAUUUUUGGAAUGCAAAACUACUGAAAUAGCCUUCUUUUUCCGAGUUUUCAGGUUGUUUAGGACCAUGAAAAUUUUAUUGCGAAAAAUCAUUCAUUCAGCGAAUAUUUUCGAAUUUUCGAAGUUAUAUUUUUGUCUUUUUAUAAAAGAAAAAGUUUUGAAUCUUGUUGGAAACGUACCAAAAUAUUGGAAAAAAAGUCUCUUCGAUUUUAAAUAUUCCAAUUUACGAAAGCAAAUUAAAUAGUUACAUAUUUUAAAAGUAGUUCUCUUUCAGCGGAGCUCCCCCACCGCCACCUUGCGGAGGAGGCUGCGCUCCUCCUAUUCCUGCGCCAGCUCCUUGCGGCGGCGCUGCGAUCGGAGGCUGCGGAGGCGGCGGCGGCUAUGCUGGUCCAGCACCUGGAGGUUACGCUGUCCCACCGCCACCACCUCCACCAGCUCCUCUUGGAGGCGGAUACGGAGGUUCGAUCGGCGGCGGCGGCGCUUACGCUUCUCCAUCCAUCGGAGGUGGAUUUGGCGGUCAACAGUUCGGAGGUGCUGGCGGUUCUUACGCUGCUCCUGCUAUUGGAGGAGGAGGUCUCGGCGGAGGAUCGUAUGCUGGAGCUGGACCAGCUAUUGGAGGAGGAAGCCUCGGCGGAGGAUCGUACGCUGGAGCUGGACCAGCUAUCGGAGGAGGAGGUCUCGGCGGAGGUUCGUACGCUGGAGCUGGACAGGGAUCUGGACUCGGAAGUCUUUCUCUUGGAGGCGGUUCUUACGCCGGAGCCGGUCAAGGAUCUGGAUUCGGCGGUCAGCAACAAGGAGGUUCUUAUGCCGGAGCUGGAGCUGGACCGGCUCUCGGAGGAGGAUCGUACGCUGGAGCUGGACCAGCUAUUGGUGGAGGAAGCCUUGGAGGAGGAUCGUACGCCGGUGCUGGACAAGGUUCUGGAUUCGGUGGACAACAACAAGGAGGUUCUUACGCUGGAGCCGGUCAAGGAGCUGGAUUUGGAGGUCAGCAACAAGGAGGUUCUUAUGCCGGAGCUGGCCAUGGAGCUGGAUUCGGAGGUCAGCAGCAAGGAGGUUCUUACGCUGGAGCCGGUCAAGGAGCUGGAUUUGGAGGUCAGCAACAAGGAGGUUCUUACGCUGGAGCCGGAGCUGGACCAGCUAUCGGAGGCGUUUCUUACGCUGGAGCUGGUCAAGGAGCUGGGUUCGGAGGCCAACAGCAAGGUGGAAACUACGCUGGAGCUGGACAAGGGGGACAGGCUGUCUUCGGCGGGCAGCAGCAAGGUGCUUCUUAUGCUGGAGCUGGACAAGGCGGUCAGGCCGUCUUCGGAGGACAGCAGCAAGGUGGAAGCUACGGUGGACAAGGAGCCACUGCCGGCGGAGGCUUCGGAGCCAGCGGCUACUCUGGUUCCGCUGCUCCAGCUGGUGGUUAUUCUGGAGCUCCUGCUCCAGUUGUCGGCGGAGGUCAGACUGCUCCAGCUGCCCCAGCUUCCUAUGGAGAGACCCCUGGCGCCGUUCAGACCCAACAAGAGGUUUGUAGUCUGUCAAAAAAAAAACAAUCAAAAUUUUUACUUCAGAUCGCUCCUCAACCCCAGGUUUCUGAGACUCAACAGAGCACCUCCAACGCUGGAGUAAGAUUAAUAUUUUCCUCUAAGCAAAUGAUCGAUCAAUUUUUAGACUGACUACGGAAGCCAGGCCGAAACCGCUGUCGAAAGCUCGGCGACCAGCGGAUCCGACUAUUUCCGCCGCCACAUCAAGAAGACGGCCAAGGUCUAA